AUGGCUUCCUCUCCAUCUACAGUCCUCAUCAUUGGCGCGAGCCGAGGCAUUGGACUCCAACUGGUUGAGAAAAGUCUGGCCAAAUAUCCCACCGCAGUGAUCUAUGCAACAGCCAGGUCACCCGCAACAGCUGUUGAUCUUCAAAAGCUGCACAAGGACCAUCCAAACCGCAUCCACAUCCUUGAGGUGGACGUCGCCAAUGCUUCCUCCAUACAUCUGUUGAAGGAAACUGUUUCCCAAACAACCUCAACUCUAGACCAAGUCAUCUACAAUGCCGGUGUCCUCAAGGGCCUUGGACCUCUGACCGCGGCCGGACUGGACGGCCUGAAAGAGAACAUGACGGUCAACUUGUUUGGUGCUUACGCGAGCGCCAUGGAGUUCUUCCCUUUUGUUGAGCGGUCUACUUAUCCUAAAAAGGUACUCACAUUCAUUGGGAGUAGCUUUGGAUCCAUUACCACUUUCAAGGAGAACUUUGAGAUGCACAACUUGAUUUUUGGGACAACUGGGGUGAACGUGACGGCUGCGUACGACAUUUCCAAGACUGCUGUGGAGCGACUUGCCUUUGAGCUUGAUCUGGAGCUUCGCCCAAAGGGUGUUCCAGUCCUCCUGAUUCAUCCGGGUCUUCCUAAGACCGAUAUGAACCCCAUGGGUAAUAUCACUGUCGAUGCUAGCGCAACUGGAGUCAUCGAUGUUAUUGGUGAGUAUGCCGCGGAUCGGGAGGAACGAUUCCUUGAUUAUCAGGGAAAGGCUGUUCCUCUGUAA